CUCUCUCCGUUUUGUUUCGUAGCCUUAUCAUAUUAUUCAUGGGCAUGUGUAAGUAAAUUUCCAACUUUAACUAAUAUUGAUGUAAGAUGUUUGAUCCAAUGUUGUGUUAGUUCAGUUGAAUAUGUUGGAGGAAGGACUUGUGAAUCACCCAGUUGUGGGAUUUGGAGAAUCUGGUCGCAAAGCAAGUGAAAUGAGGAUUCUAUUGGCAAGAAUUGAAGAAUCUGAGUCAUUUGCACCUUCUGUGGGUGAACUUCAACGCAUAGAAUGUUUGAGAUCUUUGAGGGAGAUUGCCAUUGCACUUGCAGAGAGGCCAGCUCGUGGUGAUUUAACUGGUGAAGUAUGUCAUUGGGCAGAUGGGUAUCAUUUGAAUGUCAGAUUAUAUGAGAAACUUCUUUCCAGCAUUUUUGAUGUUCUAGAUGAGGGGAAACUAACUGAGGUAUGUAAAUUUUAUAUCCAAUGUUAAGCAUGAUUUUGUUAUAAAUUGAUUAAAUUCCCUCCCUCCACCUGUACCCUUACAAACCAUGGUAGCAUGAUUAACAUUAAACUUCUAAUGUUGUAUUUACUAGUGGAGUUAAAUGCAAGAAGUGGCAACAUUAUUGCGUAGC